AUGGCCAGAAUACCAAUUGAAGGACUAGACGAACAAUUGCUAGUCAUUCUACGAACUUGGGUGCCGCCUACGACGGUAUCCUCUGAUGACAUUCUGUGUAUUGAAUGUUUUGUUUUGUUACAAGAGCAGAUGUUGUCAAACACAACUCCCUCUCAAGCAGUGAUACCUCUGUCCCCUGCGCUUGGACAUGUAAACAUAUGUUUUGGAUGUGGCACCUCAAUUGAAAGACAGAACUUACAGAGUUUCAUAAAACUGCCCUCAAAGGAAUUUUAUCUUAAGAUAGACUCCAGCUCAUCAUGUCAGACAUUUGGA